CCCUAUCAGGACGCGCCGCAGGCCCUGGGUUUCGGAGCCACCAUCAGUGCGCCCCACAUGCAUGCUGCGUGUGUGGAGCUGCUGGCGGAACAGCUCAGACCUGGGGCCCGGGUUCUUGAUGUGGGCUCUGGUUCGGGCUACCUGACCCUGGUGUUCGCCUACCUGGCUAAUAGAGGUCCCGGGGCAAGGGUGGUGGGUGUGGAGCACAUCACAGAGCUGGUGACCGGCUCCAGGGACGCAGCCCGGGGUAUACCCUGGGCAAGGGAGAUGAUGGCUGAGGAUAAGCUCAGGCUGCUGCAGGGCGACGGCCACGCGGGGUACCCCGAGUGGGCCCCCUUCGACGCCAUCCAUGUGGGUGCAGCUGCUCCCGCAGUGCCCCCCGCCCUGCUGGCCCAGCUGGCCCCGGGGGGGAGGCUGGUGGUGCCGGUGGGGCCCGAGGGGGGACCGCAGCAGCUCGUAGUGCUGGAUAAGGACGCGCAGGGGAGGGUCACUGCGCGGAAGGAAAUGGGAGUCAUGUGA